GAUCAACAAGCCACUAUUUUGGAAGCAGUUUGAUAAACACUCACUGUUUCUCAGUUGAUGUCAGUCGCUAUCUGCGUUUCCAGCAGGACGUUUUACGCGCACUCAGCGAUAAGCCAGCACAAAACUAGCCAGCCACAUCGAUAAGGUUGGACGACAUCGUCAGUUGAACUUUUAAGACAACUAACGUUCGCUCGUUUUUCUAUAAUUUCCACCUCAGGCAAACGAACAAGCGAACGGUCUUUUUAACCGACUGGCUGACUAUAUUUACAACCGAGCUAGCGAGAACAUUUCAUCGUUAAUCUGGCAACUUGUCACGAGCGCUAAACGUUAGCCAACUUCUUCUUCUUUUUUUACCAAACAGAACAAUACUCGGCUUAUUUUUUUUAUGUCAAGCAAGCCUUUUUUAUCAACCAGCCGUUUAUUUUCUCGAAGAACUUUAUAGAAAACCGUUGAUUUUUUAAACCAAACUAACGCUAUUUGCUUUAAUAAAGGGGCCGAAGCAACAUAAGCUACUGAAGAAGUGUCAGCCUCAGCAAACACCAAACCUUUAACGUCAACCAUUUCUAACAACCAUUAAGGAAGAGGUCAGUCCUGCGUUAACUGAUCGGUGCUGAAUUCAGGACAUUUAACUUGUAAACAGUCCGUUUGUUACCCUUUAACGGUCGCUCUCACCUUUAAAAAAAAAUUCAACUGUAAGAAUAUAGCCACCUGAGAAGAAGCCCAGUGGUAGGACCUUCAGCACGUUGUGUAGAGCAACAUAAUCCCUCAUCGGAUUGUUAUAUUAUCAGUAUUAUUGUUGAAAAUGGCGGCGAUCGGAAUGGUGCAGAUGUUGAUCGAAGCAGCCGAGUACCUCGAGCGCAGGGAACGAGAAGCUGAACACGGCUAUGCCUCCAUUCCACCCUUCACCAGCAGCCAAGAGAGGGAGAGCUUGAAAAGGAAAAGCAAAAGCAAGAAAAACACAAGUAGCAGGUCUACACACAAUGAAAUGGAAAAGAACAGGCGGGCAAACCUACGGCUGUGUUUAGAGCGCUUGAAAUCCAUGGUUCCAUUGGGAGUCGAUGCCAACCGGCACACCACCCUCAGCCUGCUGAUGAAGGCCAAAGAUCAUAUCAGGAGGUUGGAGGAGAGCGAUAGGAGAGCUCAGCAUACGGUGGAGCAGCUACAGCGGGAGCGGAGACACCUGAGGAGGCGUCUGGAGCAGCUCGGGGUGGAGAGGACCCGCAUGGACAGUACCGGCUCCGCUGUGUCCGACAAGUUCGACUCUGACCAAGAGGACCUGGAUGUGGACGUGGAGGGGACGGACUACCUGCUGGGUGACCUGGAGUGGAGCACCAGCAGUGUGAGCGACUCGGGGGACGAGCGAGGCAGCCUGCGCAGCAGCUGCAGCGACGAGGGCUACUCCAGCGCCAGCCUGCUGCUCCUGCAGGACUCUCAGGAGAAGGCCAAGCAGCUCGGCUGCAGCCUAUAGAGGGCACUGCUGGUCACUGACCCAACUCCACCACUCCCCCUUCCCCCUUCCCGAAAUUGCCUCACCGCUCCCAAAUCUCGCUCAGACCUCACCAUCUCCCCUCCCUCCCCCUCUCGCUCCAUACAUGCCAGGACUGACCAAGUCUGAGGCCUCGAGUCCAGCAGGACCUCUGCGGACUUUCUGUUCCACCGACGACUUCCAUCCAGCACCUCCAAGACACCCGCCCACAAUCCAGCCCAUCGUCAGCGGUCCGUCUUGAGGGUCUCACCCAAUCUACUCGGCACCAAUCAAACGAGUGGGACUUUAAAGACGCUCCACGUCCUCCGUCCAUUCAUCAGAAACACAACUUUCAGCCGGAGAAUGUUCCCACACAAUAGCCCACUGCCUCUUUUUUCUAUGCCUCAAGAGCCACGGAAAGCACUUAUGAGAUUUCACCCCAACUUCACACACUUGGAUGCACACACAUGCACCCCUCCAUCGCUCCCAGAGGUGUGACACUGACAUGACGUGGGGCUUUUUUCCCGCCCCGCUCACCGGUCAACCAUCUGUGCAUGGUACUUUGCACUUAUGAUUGCUUUUGUAAACAAAACUGUUCUUUUUUUUCCAUUUUUUUUUUCUUCAAAGAUGUCUCUGAAAAACAUCCCUCUUCCUCCUCCUCCUCCUCCUCCGCCCCCCCCAUGCCAGUGGUCUACUGUGCUGUCGACAACAUAACGAUGUGUUGUGUUGGACUGUUCGGGCCGGCAGCGAUACGUCUCUUCUUACCCGGCAGCAUUGGCAGCCCUGUUAUCUGUCCACCCCAGAGCUACAAAAGUAACACAAGAACAACAACAAAAUGUUGUGCGCAGCAUGAGAUUGUGAAGGCGCCGGGGGACACAGGACAGUUUCAGGGUUGGGUUUGAUGUUUUACUGCCUCUCUCUGAUGACUGUGGCGUUUUUACAGCAUCCUUUUUAUCAUAAGUGUGUGUAUGUCACGCCUGAGCCUGGCGACGACGGAGGUCACCAGCAGGUUUGGACACGUUUGAACCCCCCAGCCGUCAGACUGAACGCUGGUGUGUCUCGGCAGGUGCGCCACUCCUACAUUUGUGUGCACUAUUUCAUCGCGUCCCCAUUCACAAGGCAUUAAUAAGAAGGGAAGAGCAUAUCCACUGAGAGCAGUCGAGAGACUGGAGCACAUUCCAUGAUGACGAGAGGACAGGCAGGUAAGGUUUGAGAGCAUCAUUAUAAUUUUUUUGCAAGGAGAGGUUCCUGCCAAUUAUUUAGGGGAGAGUACAGUUUGAGAUGAGCUGAAUCGGCCUGAAAAAGAACAGGCUUUGGCUUUUCCGUGGGAACACUGUGUUCACUUAUGAAAAGCACUAAAAUUUAAAAAACAAAACAGAUUUUCCCUCUUUUGCCUUGCCUACUUCGCUAUUUAUUGUUUCUGUAAAAAUGUUAAUGUAAAUAGUUUACAGAAAGAUCUCUAUGUCUAUCAACAAAUGUAUUUAUUAGAUAUCCUAAAUAUAUAGAUGACUAUAUAGAAAUAUAUUUAAGUAGUCCUAGUUUAUGGUCUUCUUGUGAGGUUUAUUGAGAGUUUAUAACGUGUAGUUUGUUUGCACAGCCUAGUCAACCCAUAGAGUAAUUACAUGUACGUCUCUUGUGCCUCGAGGCUUUUGUGUCGGAAAUGAAAUGUUUUCUUUGUGGUUGAUCAGCAUUUUUUAAAGCCGUUUUCAAAGCUACAUUUCCCUUUUUAAAUACGGGAAUAAAAGGACAACAAAAAAAACUAAAUAAUUUAUAAAAACUUUAAUUAAAAAGUAUAAAAAUGAGAGGAGCUGGUGGCCAGGUUGAGCGGCGGUGACGAUUCCUCCGGCAAAGCUGUUCGCACAUCUCCGUGCCUCGGAACCUCGGACAAAAUGGCGUCUCGUUAGAAUUUGGCGUUUUGUUCGGUUCAAAAUCAUCACAGGCGGGGAGAGGAUUGCAGCUUUUCGAAUGUAGACGUCCUCCACCCUGCAGUGCCGCAGCGCCAACGGGACGUCCCCGCUCUCCUCCGCCUGCAACUCUCAGCGAAAGCAUGGAGACGAGUCAGAAAAAAAUAGAUCUAGGAAUGUUUAGUGUUUGAUUGUGGAAUGCUGCUUCUUUUUUUUUUCUUCGUCAAAUUUGAAACUUUUUCAAAACGGAGAGGUGCUGUGAAGCCACGUUUAAAGGAGGACGGACUAAAGGGGACAUGUGAUGAACAUGAGGUGCGAGUGGGCAGUUGUGUUCACUGAAAGGCCAUCUGUCGGUGUGUGUGUGCGUGUGUGUAUACAGUGUGUGUGCGUGUGAUUCGUCACGUCUUCAGAGAGAAAUAUGUUGGGGUGGGUGGUUUUAAAAGGAUUGUAAAUUGUAAGGAUACAUUUCUUUUAUGGUUCUUCGUUCAUUUGUUUACUCGUUAAAUGCAAAAAAGUCCACUUUACAAAGACUUCAUGUAUUGACCUUUAAGCAUUAAUGUCUAUGGGAGUCGACUGUUUCCUCUCUGUGUGUGUGUGUGUGUGUGUGUGUGUGAACGAUCACCUGCAUACUGUUGCGCUUCACCUCCACCCCCCCUCCCCCGGUGCUCUCAGCAUCUGCCUUUUUUUAAAGAAGCAGGUGUGGAAUCUCUCAAAGAACAAGACUACAGUCAAACCAGUUGUUUAAGCUACAGGUUUCAGCUUCAGGUGUGUAUUAGAUUUUUGCACAUUUUGUCCCUGCAUACAAAGUGGCUGAUAACGCCUUAAAAACAGACACGACCUAACAGAAGUAUAUGCGAUAUGUAUGAGUACAUAUGAUAUCUACCGACAUGCAUCACAAGGGCCAUUCCGUUUCAUUGUGACCGUCACAGGCGUGGUGCUUUCAUCACAACACACACACACACACACACACGCAUACACUCCGUGUCACAGCUCCAUGAACAUCGUCGUCGCCUGCCGCCUUUCUCCCUCAGAAAGGUCAAAUGUAUGUUGAUUGAACAAUAACUUAAAAGGGAGGGAGUUUUGUGUACUUACUUUUUAAGAAUUGGAUAAUUUGGGCACUGUCGUCUAAAGAAAUCACUUAAAAUGUGGAGGAAAAGAAAACCCUUUGAAAAUGAAUCGUGGAGCAGCAAUUUGUAUUUGCCAUGGAUAUUAAAGGAAUAAAACAUUUUAAACCCUU